CAUAGCCGAUUUGACUUUUUAACGGUGGAGUUGUGCACAUUUCUGCAGUUUGGUCAAGAACAUGAUUGUUUUGAUUUGUUUCCGUGCCCAUUCUUAAGGAACACCAUCUGAAGUGUGAUAAUAUGAGGUCAACUGGGCCUGUCACCAAGGUCCUUUAACAAUGUUUCACAUGUAUAGCGGCCAAUUUCCCUUCCCCCUACUCGGCCUGGGACUCCUCUCGGUGGUACUCCUUCACGGUGCUCUUGGAAUAACGGUGAAAAAUAGCCUUAGUAAUUCACAUCCACGCCUCGGCGAAACGAUAACGCUGAAUUGUACCAUUGCGGAUGGAAUCACCAAAAAUAUUACAUGGUACAAGGACAAAUUUCACAAAACAAGUGUGUAUUUGACACAUAAUUGUGAAGUUGUCGCAGAAAGGUAUAAAUCGAGAUUAAAACUCGUUCAGUGUGGAAUAAAUAUUGAGCGUUUUCAAUUGAGUAACGUUCAAAUUUCGGACCGCGGGGAUUGGCAGUGUGAGGCUGAUGGAGUAAGAGCCACAACUAAUCUGAAAUUAUAUGUUUUAGUUCCACACAACGUUCAAGUAAAAGUCAGCAAGAAGACUGUUAGUGAAAAUGAAUUUGUGCGUUUUGAGUGCAUCAUCAGUGGGGGCAACCCAGAGCUCGUUACGUGGUACCAGUGGCUGUGGAUGAAAAAUGGCUCAAUCGCGAAACAAGUCAUCCAGGACUCCAACACUACCACGAAUAAUGGAACGUUUGUGGAGUUCCCGCGUAUCCCGUACGAUAAGAGUGGGACAUACUCUUGUAUGGCUUGGAAUGAUGGUGGAAUGGGACAGGCGUCGGCAGUCCUUAAUGUACAAUACUCUCCAAGGAUAGACCCAGGAACCAAAAUGAAAUCUGAUGUGGUUGGCGAAAUUGGGAAGGAGGCAAUGUUUAAACUGUUCAUCAUCGCAAACCCAACUCCAGUCGCAACUGGUUACACCUGGUCCAAGGAUGGCAAUGUCUUAUCGCGAACAUCACCAGAUUUUGAAAUAACUUCCGGGCCAACUUCCAGCAAGUUGAAAAUCAAUGAUGUCAAAUCCUCGGAUUAUACCAACUAUUCCUGUUCGGUUAAAACGAGUGGAUUCCAGGCCAAGGUUUUCAACUUCAAGCUUGUCAAAGCAGAGUCCUGCACGAGUAAGUCGAGCAAUAUUGUGCCAGUAAAGACCACAGAAGCAGCCCAAACCUCGAAAGAAGAAAAUAAUAUAUAUAUCAUUGGCAUCGGUAUGAUCGCAGGAGGGGGCGUGGCGAUUCUGGUGGCCAUCGGCAUUAUCGUAAUCGCUAUCAAAAGCAAAGAGAGGUCCAGGGGCAAGAAAAAGAGUGAUGAUCAAGAAUUGCGAAGCAAUGUGGUGAUUGGCCAGUCACUGCGUCACUCCCUUCCACGUUCAGAAUGCGACCCUGAUAAAAAUCGCAAUGCUACAAAAUCAAACAUGAGUUUUCAAGCAAAACUCCGAACGCCUGAUGUCGUGUCGGACACGCACAAGGACGCAGAGAGUGCUUUCCAGAAUGUGCCGGACGGCAAGAACGGGAUUCCGAAAGGGGGUCGCCUGCCACUGCUGGCAUCCAGUAUGUCACAGCCCACAAGUCCUGUUGAGGAACAUCUAUACGAGAAUGUAAAAAGGAAGAGCCAGUCACAGCAAAAGAGUGGUAGUGGAGGUGUACCUCAGCAAACUGGGGUGGACGGUACAGUGUAUGCGAAGCUUUUGUUCCAACCUGCUAAUCCGAAACACGACCAUCCAGUUAGGCGGACUGAACAAUCAUCCCCAUACUCAACUGUUGAUUUCAACCGAAUUGCGCCCCCUUUGGUGGAGGAAGAAGAAGUACUUGUCCAGUACAUAACUUAGUUACACAAUUGUCAAUGCAUGUCUUCAUGUCCUAGUACACACCAUGGAUACGACGUAAUCAUUGAAGAUUUCCUGUACAUGUGCAUCUGGGCAAUUGAAAUAGGCUCGCAUUCAGUUGUACAUCGAGCCUAUGUGCACUCAAACAAUCAGGAAUGUAAUCCAGAUCUCGAUGCAAAAUUUUUAUAAGUGAACAAUUUUAUUUUCUGCAUGAAAUGUUCUAGUAACCAGUCUGUACUCAUUUGGUAGCUCACCUCUUAGCAGAGGUGAGCUUAUCCCAUACCGUGGCGUCCGUCGUCCGUCGUCGUCGUCGUCGUCCGUCGUCCGUUAGCAGGGCACGUUUCGUAACUGUUAAAGCUAUUGAGUUGAAACUUGGUACACAUGUACCCUUAUGUAAUGACACCUUGGAGACCAAGUUUUGGUCCGAUUCGUUUCAUGGUUUGGCCACCAGGGGGCCAAACGUUAAAAGUGAAAAUAUGCAAUAUCUCCCUUAAUAGUAGUCGGGAAAUUUUGAAAAAAAUAUGGUAGGUACUUCUAGCAAAGGUGCAUCAUAUAUCCUCCGGGUUUUUGAUUUGACCUCCUUUUCAAGGUCACAGAGGUCAAAUGGUGUAAAUUGGCCAUUAGGAUGUAACGAUGGCACGUUUCUAAACUGCAAUGACUAUUGAUACCAAAUUUGGUACACAUUUACUCCUUAGUCAGGUGAUCUCAGGGACUGAAGUUUGGUCCAAUAUGAUUCACCACUUGACCACCAGGUGGCAAAAUCCAAAAACCUUAAAAAUGUGAUUAUUCCUUAACUUCUUGCCCGAUUGCCACCAAUUUGAUAUCAUGGGUACAUCUAACCACCAUACAGUAUAUGUCAGACAGGUUUUUAAUUUGAGCUUCUUGUCAAGGUCACAGAGGUCAAAUGGCGUAAAUUCGCCGUCAGGCCGUAACUAUGGCACGUUUCUUAACUGCAAUGACUAUUGAUCACAAAUUAAGUACACAUGUACCCCUUGGUCAGGUGAUCGCAGGUACCGAAGUUUGGUGCGAUCUGAUUUGCCGUUUGGCCUCCAGGGAGGGGGCCAAAUCCUAAAUUCUUCAAAAUGCCAUUAUUUCUAGUAAUGACUUGCCCGAUUGGCACCAAUUUUAUAUCAUAGGUACAUCUAAUUCUAACAACCAUUCAAUGUGUCACCCGGGUCUUCUUUGAUUUGACCUACUUUUCAAGGUCACAUAGGUCGAAUGUACUGUAAAUUGGCCAUUUUGGGGAAAUUGUAAUUGCUUGGACCUACAUCAAACCUAACACUACAUGACACAAUACCAUGCUCUUUAUCCAUCUUUCCUCCACAUGAGGUGAGCACAAUGGCCCUGGCCAUUUCAUUUCAAAUAUUUUGCUGCAUGUAAUUCGAUUUUGUGUGCUUAGAUGUACAGUGCUUAUAGAAUAUGUGCUGAUUAUAUAUUCGGUUACAUAUUACGGUAAAGCUCAUUUAAAGGGACCACUUGGACGAGGGGUUAACCUGGCCAGGAGAGUAAUACGCCUUCCGGCCAUUAUGCGUCGCCAUUUGUAGUAGCAUACUGACGCUGAUCUCUAAAUAUGAUUUUCUUCUGCGUAGCAAGGCAUUUUUGAACAUGGCUUGUGGAUUUCAAGCAGGCCUUGGCUUACACCCUGUUCUAGUGCAUUGUUUACUGCAGUUCAAUGAAUUUCUAAUCAUCUUUGAACAGACUGUUUCCUUUUUGUUUAUUUGAAUUUUAUGUACAAAAAUAUAUCACUCAGUGCUAUAUCUGUUAAUAGGUUAUAUACAUGUAGAUCAUGUCAUAAUUAUACGAUCAUGUAACUAGAUACAAGAAGUUAGCAUUAAAUUUGGCUGAAGCCAAAGGUUGGUAAAAUGAUUAGUUAGGUUCGAAAUUGAGAUCUGACUGACCAUUUGGGACAAUUUUAGAAAAAGAUAAUUUCAGGAUUUAGGUUUGGAGUGAACUUGAAAAUGCAUCAGAAUCAAGUUAUAUUUUGGCAAAUAGAAUCAAGACCAUUUUAUGAGUUAUUUCAAAUUUAACUGGAUUGGUGAAUAUUAUAAGGAAACCAACUCAGAAAAUUCAGAUAUGGUGUUGGUCUCGUUUUGGAGUGACACUCUUCAAUAAACGCUAGCGCUCCACAUGACGCCAACAACUUUACCGCUAGGGUUAGAUACUUAUUUUCAUUUUUCGUGAUAUGACCUACUUUCUGGCCUCCAGGCGGCCAUCUUGGAAAUUGUUUUUUGCCUUUUUGAUGCUAAUGGUUGUACGUAGAGUGACGACAUUUUUAUGGUGGGUGUAUCUAAUAAGGUUAAACGACAUAUCAUCCGUGUUUUUGAUUUGACCUACUUUUCAAUGUCACAGAGUCAAAGUUCGCUAAAUCACCGACAGGUGGCACAUUUCGGUUCUAUUUGAGCUAGAAGGUUCUAAACUCGUGAGGACAUGUAUCUAGGGACCAUCUAUCCUACCCCAAAAAUGUGUCCUGCUCGAACUUCAAAUAUUGCCCUCAGGCGGCCAUCUUGAAAAUUAAACGAAGUCGGAUUGCAACCAAAUUUAAUGUGAUUGUAUAUCUCUAUACUCUCUACAACAUCCCUGAUUUUCAGUCAAAUCCAUCAACCAAUAUGGCCGCCAGGUGGCCAUCUUGAAAAUUAAACAACGUCCUAUUACCCCGAAACUAAUGAUCGGGUUGCAAACAAACUUCAUGUGACUAUGUAUCUAUGUACUCUUAUCAACAUCCGUAAUUUUCAGUAAAAUCCCAUUACAAAUAUGGCCACCAGGCCGCCAUCUUGAAAAUCCAACAAAUUCCUAGUACUCCUAAACUGUUGAACAGAUGUCAACCAAUUUCCAUGUGACAUGUACACACAUUAUUUGCUACGUGCAGCUAUCGCCAUCUAUGCUAAGGUUUAGAUAUUAAUGCUGAUACACCUGUUCAUCCUUAUUUGGUAUGAUGAUCAGUCUUUUGUGUAGCCUGCCUCACAUCCAACAUGUAGUUAUAUAGCUAGAGAUUAAA